AUGAACAAACUGGCAAACAUGCGACACUGGUCCGAGAGGAUGAGCCCCAAUUUCGGAAUGGGACGUCCCAAUAUGCCCAUGAACCCCAUGAACCCGAGAAGAGACACAGCUCCUCAGCAGGCUGCUUCAAUAAGCUCACCUCAGCCUCUCGAUCAACCAACGCCCAUCAUCCACUAUUCAUUCAAUGUGCCUUUCGCCUCCGAUCUUGCUGGCCCCAAUACCGAGGAUAUCCUUCAUGCAACCGCCGACGCCGUACUCCGAUGGACUCAUCCCGAAGAUGCUCCCGACGAUGUCCAGGUCCACGAGCUGCCCGUCCACACCCAGAAUUUGGCGAAUUUGCGCAAGGUCUGCAAGGAUAUCACUAGUGGUCCUUUCCAGAUUGAGGCACAUGUCAUCUCGACAACCCCCAAGAAUGCGAAGGGUCAACAGGUCACUACUGUGUGCCUUUCGGGUACGCCGGAAAUGGUUCAUAAGAGCAGAGAGACGAUUUUGAACGACAACCAGACUGUCCUGCGUUGUACCACGGUCGAUGUGGAAGGCCAUCUUGUUUGUGACCUUACUGCCGGUGCUCUGAAGCAGCAAGUCACGGAUACCCUGGACUACAUCUCCAAAUACUGCGGGGUCGAUAUUUUCCUGUUGGGUCCCAAGUUGACCCCGGUCGUCGACGGCAUGACGGGUGACUCUGAGAUGCGUGUGGAUCAGAGAUGGCGAGUUGCCAUUUAUGGUGAUAUUUUGUCUGUCGAGCAUGCGAAGGCUCGUGUGCUUAUCCAGAUUGACACUCUGCUCGGGCGAGUCGUUGAUGCCACCAAACUCGACUUGUCAAUCCAUCAGCUUGUCUGUGGCCGCCACAGGAAGAAUAUCAAGCUCAUAGAGUCGUCGACCGGCACUGCCAUCUAUUUUCCCCCGCCCUUCUCUCAGAUGUACCGCUACUGUCCGCCUGGUGCAAGCCGUCGAGACCCUACCGACAUCUUUAUCACUGGAGAAAGCCCCCAGGCUAUUGAACUAGCCAAGCAGAAGCUCCAUGAGACUGUUUCACGUAUUAGACUCUACAUGAAGGACGUCACGAUCGCCCCCGCCAAGAUUGACAGUGUUCUGCUCACACGCCUGGACAAAGUCCGCAAGAUCCUCGAGGCAAACGGCACUUACAUCUUGUUUCCGCCUCUUGCGAGCCAACGUAAUAUGGUCCGAGUCCAAGGCAGCGAAGGGCUUCACGUUGAGCGCACGGUGCGCGAGAUCAUGGCCUUGGCUGGCCAGUUCUACAGCGCGGCUUGGUGGAUUCAGCAGCCUGACAAUCGACAGCUCCCAAACCCCGCUGAUGUUAGAACCAUGCUUGGUGAUGUUUGCGCAAACUCGGAUGCCGACUUGUCUUUCGACAAGAUGAACUUCUCCAUCACUGGGUCUGAUGACGCUGUAAAGGCCGCUUUAAUGGUCAUGUCUGAGAUCAAGUUUCUUGUGCAGUCGCAGUAUCAGAUCCGUGUGAAGAUUGAGCUUGCCAACGAGCACAAGGAGUUUGUGAGCGGCAAGAAGAAUGGAAAGAUCAACAAGAUCAUGGGCCAGAGCAGCGUUCAGAUCAUUUUUGACGGUUUCAACGAGUACAAUUUCAACAUUGAUGUCAUGGCCGCCAGCUACGAUUCGAUGAAGCAGGGCCUAACUCUUGUUGAGCAAGAGAUGCCUGCUUCGAUCUCUUUCCAUGUGCCAGACCAGUACCACAAGCGUAUCAUUGGCAUUGGCGGACAACAUAUUCAGCGUAUCAUGAAGAAGCACUCUGUCUUCGUGAAAUUCUCGAACGCUAUGGACCGAGGUGGCAUGGGCCGCGAGGACGACGACAUCAAGGUUGACAACGUCAUUUGCCGCACGCCGGCCAGGAACGCCCAGAAUCUCGAUGCUGUCAAAAAUGAGAUUCUGGAGAUGGUGGAUAGAGCCGAUUCUGAGUACACUUCUCAGAUUGUGAAUGUUGACCGCCUCUACCACCGCCAGCUUCUUGCGCGCCUCAGUGACAUAGAUGAACUGGAGAGCAAGUACAACUGCAAGAUUGUCUUCCCAAGCACCGAACAGGCCAGUGAUGAGGUUACUGUGACUGGCCCACAGUGGCAGGUGCCCCAUUGCGUGGAUGAGUUUUUGGGCAUGGUGCCUGACAACCAUGAGCUUGUGCUUACUCGUACCCCUGAGCUGAUCAAAUUUCUCGAAUCGCCAAGCUUCGCUCACGACCUUGUUCCGAAGUUGAAGACUCAGUACGAAGUCGAGGUGACGGUUCACCAAGAUGCUGACUCGGAGGAGGGGCUGCCGGCUAUUGCUCUCCGCUGGACCUUCACUCGUAACAAUGCCGGAGGGCUUCGGGAUGCCAUCGACUUCUUGCUUGCCCAAUUCGCCACAGCCGGUGUUGAAGUUACCAUUUUGAAGGGCUCGAUUCCCCGCCCCAAGUCAGACUCUUUCGAAGAUUCCCUUCAGUACUUUGACUCGAAGCUCCUUCAGCAUGCCCCAGCGACCAUUGCUGCCGACUCCCCCACCAAAGCUGCCUUUGAGGGCGAGGUUGCUCGCGAGCGAAGCACCAUUUUCGACCGCCUGCGCAAGCCCGGUAGUAUGACUUCCAUUUCGUCUUUCCUUGAUCGCCGCAAGAACAGCUCCCACUCGACCCACGGCAACUUUUUCAAGGGAUCCAGCAAUGUUUCCAAGUCUUCUCUUAUUUCGAUCGAGUCUACCCGCAGCUUUAAUGCGGACAGAAACCCCUGGAACGAUAGCGGCGUCAAUCUUCCUGACGACGACAACCCUUGGGCUCAUCGCCCCAUUGGGAAUGGCUCCGACAAGUUGACCAUUCCCCAACCUGGUGACGUAACGCCACGUCACAGCACUCGCGCGUCCGGUGACAGCGGACGCCCUUCUACGUCUCAUUCUACGAAUUCUGGAUACCCCGGUCCCAUCGGACCUUUCCGUUAG